AUGAACCUCAGCGCAGACGACAAGAAGGCCGAGGCCAUGGUCAACCCGGAGAAGCUCGACAUCCAAACGGGGGAGUUGAGAGACCUUGACGCCGCCGAGGUCUUCCUUCGGGAGAACAACUUCAGCAGCGAGUAUGUCCAGGAACUGUUGAGCGACGAAGCCGGCAACAAGCGCCUAGUCCGCCGAGUCGACCUGAUCCUGCUUCCCCUGUUGUGUGUCACGUUCCUUCUCCAGUACAUUGACAAGCAGGCGCUCUCCUACGCCGCCGUCUUUGACCUGUUCACCGAUGCGAACAUCACCCAGGACCAGUAUGCCCUAUUCCCGUCUAUGUUUUACAUCGCAUACCUGGUGGCGGAAUAUCCCUGGAGUUACCUGGCGCAGAAGACGCUGAUGGCCAAGGUCACGUCGGGCUGUGUCAUUUGCUGGGGUGCUGUACUCAUGGCCACGGCCGCUUGCAAUAACUAUGCGGGUCUGGCGGCAUGUCGCUUUCUGCUCGGAAUAUUUGAGGCGCCCAUUACGCCUUGCUUCACCAUGAUUGUCGGCAUGUGGUACACCCGCGAUCAACAGCCAUUCCGGACUGGUCUGAUAUACAGUUGUAAUGGUCUCGGUUCCAUGAUUGGCGGGGUUCUUAGUUACGCUAUAGGCCAGAUCCAGACCUUUCCUGUAUGGAAAGCGAUCUUCCUCUUAUGCGGUGGCCUCACUACUCUCUGGGGAUUGGUGCUGCUCGUCUAUCUCCCUGACAGCAUCAUUGUAGCCAAACGCUUCACCCUCGAGGAAAAGGCCACCUUGAUCGGCCGCGGGAAGCUCGGCCGGACGGGGAUCCUGAAUCAAUCGAUCAAGCUCUAUCAGAUCAAGGAGGCCGUGCUGGACCCGCAGGUUUGGCUGUUGACGCUGUUCGUGCUUCUGAACGAAAUGAUCAAUGGUGGUGUCGCCAACUUUGGCAAACUCAUCAUCAAGGGACUUGUCCACGAUUCGCUUCGUGCAACCGCUCUUGGUAUUCCCAUGGGCGCAUUUCAAAUUCUGUGGAUUUUAUCUGGCACAUACAUGGCCUCCCGAUUUCGCAAUGUGCGGACGCUUGUUAUGGCCGGCUACUUGAUUCCAACACUCAUUGGAACAUCCUUAAUGUGGAAGUUGGAUCGUAGCUCUAUGAAAAUCGGCGUUCUCUUCGGGUAUUAUAUCUGCGGCGCCUUUGUUGCGUCGCUUGCGACAGCAAUGCAGAUGCCGGCCACCAACCUCGGAGGCUACACCAAGCGAAUGACGGCAACGGCCAUCGUAUUCGGCGCGUACUGUGUCGGCAACAUCGUCGGACCGCACUUCUUCCUGGGGCGCGAAGCACCGACUUAUCCCACCGGGUGCAAGGUGAUCAUCGGGUGCUCCGUUGCACAAAUGUUCGUGGCCCUUAGCCUGCGCAUGUUGUUGAGUAGGCGAAACAAGAAGCGAGAUGCAGAGGCUGCGGCUGCGAACGCGAUUGAAGACCCUGCAGUUGAUGAGCUGUCGGCUGAUAAAACCGACUUUGAGAACCCAAAAUUCCGAUAUGUGUUUUAG